AUGCUGGACCUCGACAUGCCUCUUCCAGAAGCUGCGCUCAGGAUCAAUGACGAGAGCUAUUGGAAGAGGCGGACGCAGGCAAAGCACCCGAAUGCGCAGGUUGAGAAGCAUGGAAUGUCGUGGAAGCAGACAUACCUGGAGAUAGAGUUGCAAGAGGCGCUGGAGCGGGUGCCCAUCACCGUAGAGUAUGGGAACCCAGAGCUCGAGGCGUUGAAGCAGCAAGUCAUGGCUUCAAGGUUGUAUGUCUACCAGCUUCAGAUCACCCAGUUUCCUUCCCAUCUGGAUCUGAGCUUCAUCUUCGACGCCCUGCCCGCACUGUGCACGUUCUCUAUCACCUAUGGCAACAAGCGACUCGGGAUGGAGUACGAGCGCGCGAUGUUUGGCAUGAAGAUCUCAGAUGCUCAGUACCUUGCCCGCGACAUACGCGUGUCGCAAACCUUGGUCUCGCUGUCCCUGCCGUGCAACAUGAUUGAUGAUGAGCUGGUCAAGGUGUUGAUGGGCGGCCUUUCCUACGGCCACAUGCUCACGCACCUUGAUCUCAGCCACAACAAGAUUGGGGACCGAGGGGCACGACGCUUGGCCUCUUUGUUGGAUCCAGACUAUUGCUUGCAGGCGCUAGAUCUCAGCGACAAUCAGAUCCAUGCCAACGGUUGCAUGCAUUUGGGUGCUCACUUGGCGGAGAACAUCACUUGCCAGGUGCUGAACCUGCGACUGAAUCGCUGCGAAGACAACGGCGUGUCGCAUCUGUUUCAGGACAUGUGUGUGAACAAGCACCUGCAGACCCUGAACAUUGCGUGCAAUGACUUGACGGUGAGAUGUCUGCCCUAUUUGAAUGCCAUGUUGGCUGAGAACAACACCCUGUUGGAGUUGGACGUCAGCGCAAACCCGCUUCAUCAAGUUGAAGAGGAAGUCCAUCAAGGUGCAGUGAGCGAGUCCGUGCCUCCCCUGAGUGCAGAGGCCACCUCCGAGGCGCUGGAGGCCACGAAGCCAUCGGAAGAGGAGGAUCCUUUGGAAGGUCUCCAGGUGUCUGGUCAACUCGCAGUCUUUGCCCGCUGCCUGGCAAAGAGCCCCUCGUUGCUGCGCGUUGACCUUCGCAGCUGUGGCCUCCCCGCAGAUGUUGCCCAGCGAGUCACGACGGCAGUGAAGCAUCGUGAGCUCAUCGCAAAGGGAAUCCCAGUCGAGGCUUACGAGAAGGCCCGCCAAGCUGCAGUUGCAGCUGAAGAGGCAGCCCAGGCAGCGCGCGAAGCUGCAGAGAAGGAGGAGCAGCUGGGAGAGGGUGAGGAGGAGGAAGGCGAAGAGAAGGCUGAGAGCAAAGUCGAAGGAGAGGAGAAGCCCGAGGGUGAAGCCGGUGAGAAGCCAGAGGGCGAGGAGGAAAAGAAGGAAGGCGAGUGA